ACAGACGACCCGGAGAUUGAUUGGUGGGGAUGCUGUGUAAUUUGUGCGCAGAUUUGCUUUGCAUGUUUGUGCUUAGAGUAAGGAGGGAGGGAGAGAGGGAGCAAGGGUGGGGGAGAACGAGAAGGAGAGAGGGAGAGAGAGAGAGUAGUGAGCGUUUGAGCAAGUGCGGGGAGGAGGGAAGCGGAUGAGGGACCGGCAGGGGAUGUGAUGCAGGCGCACAGAGGAGAAGCAGCGGAGGUGCAGCAGAAGUCGAGGCAGAGAGCGGGGCAUUAUGUUGUAGUGAAGGCAGUGGUGGAUCAGGUGUCUCAGAGAGCGGCGCUCUUGUUGGCCGACUCGUCCUGUUUGCUUGUGUCGCUUGCAGGCUCUCAGAGCAAAGUGGUGCCGAUUGCGGUGCCGGCGCCUUGUACUGAUGCUUGCUUUUUGCGCCUGCAAGCCUACGGGCCUGCAGGCGCUGCACCGUCGGCUUCCGGCCUGGGUAACAAGUUCGGGAACGGUCUGUCUCCUUCUUCCUCCAGAACAGACUUGGGCGACAGCGGGGAGUCAGGAGCGCUGAAGAUCGUGCCGGGAGAGUCUCCUACUUUCAGAGCGCAGGAGCUGCGAGAGAGAGAAGCUACUGGCAAGCUUAGUGGCGGGAAUGUCAAAGCCAAGGGGCAAGGGUUAGCAGGAGUCAGAAGGGAGUUGUUUGUUGUCACGUCCCGGCCCGCCAAGGGAGGUUCCUGCACUGAUCUCAGAGCUUGGUCCUGUGCUGAGUCUGCCUUCGUUGGUGCGGACAUCGAGUUGGAGCCAGGGAACAGGAGAUUUAGGGCUAGGGAAGGGCCGCAUGAUUUACUGAUUAGCAAAGCAUUUGCUCGACUUGAUGCUCCCCAUGGAUUCGCAGUGAAGAUGGCAGCAUCCAUCAACGUGAUUAUCUUGUAUUCAAGCUCUGCAGGGAAAUUUUGGGUUAUGGCAGGCAAAUGGUUCGACCAAGCUGGAGGACCUUCCCAUAUUGCGAGAGCUGAGGAUGUCUUUGCAGCAGAGACAUAUGAAAAGAAGCGUUUGGUUUUAAUGAAGUGUGCUGUCGUCCAUUGUCACGAACCUGUUUACUCCAUUCAUGUUUCUCCAUUGCAUCUGUUUUUGGGCGAGAACAAGGGUGUACGCGUGUGGUCAUUGCGGCCCUUGAUAAAACCUGGGUCUCACGGAAGGAGCUGUGGUAAAUUUAAGUCCAUGCCUCAAGGAACUUCUGAACAGGAUUCUUAUCAGUCCAGUAAAAAGCUUGAUUGCGAGACAUGCGUGCGUAUUGAACGUUGUCAACAUGUUACGGAGUCUGGCAAUGCGCUAGGAAAAAUUGAUGUGAAGAAGGGUGCUGGAUGUGGGGCUCUGUUGGAGGAGAACAUGGACGCGAGGGACAACAUGGAGGAUAUAGCAAUGGAGAAACUAUUGAGGGGCUUGUAUGGUACUCGGGAACUUAAUGUUGGUACCAGUGUUUCUGGAUUUCGAACUCAACGCAAGUCAAACGUUAGCUCCAGAUCAUAUUUACAAGUUAACAAUUUCAGAAGCUUGUCCGAGCUUCAAUCAGCUCUCAAAAUCGACAUAGGUUUGGACAAUUCAUCUGCUGAGGACGACAUUGCUGCGAAAACGACGAUGGAGAAUGGGGGAGGAGGUUUGAUUAAGAAUGAGGCUCAAAAUGGUGUAUUAUUAAGCUACCCAGUUGAGCAUGGCGAUAUUUCAUUCAAGGAGAAAAUAAAUGUCAGAAAGUUACAUGGAACUCAGGGGAAUGUAAUUACCUCAAGUGCCGAAGCGGUUCGCUCUGACUAUUGUAAUGGUGACCAUCCCUUAAAGAUUGCUCCACGACCAAGGAACGGAUUUAUAUCAGUUUCAGAAUCACCGCUAGAGGCUCAGCCUGUGGCCUCUCUUUCGGCGAAGAAAAUGAUUGUACAGCAGUCUGGUGCAACAGUACAUGGGACGGACACCAGAGUGCAAAGUAGGAUGAAUUUAAAGGAACCGGAUUCCGCUGGCGUUUGGUUUGUUGAUUUCAGUGGUACAGAGGGAAUUGCUACUGCACAAGGCACCUCACAUGCUGGCCCUAAAUUAUCUCCUAAACUCCAAGUAGUUGAUAUUCAAGCAUUUAGUCCGAAGGAGUACAUUGCCUUGGAUUCAAAAGGGGCACUACACUUGCUUACUUUGAAUGAAGUGACAGAAGCACAGAAAACUGAAGAUCCGGGGAGAUCGUUUGUGACUGUUACGCAUCUCCACAGCACAAUGCGUGUGUCCUCCUUCGCAGUGCUUCCCUUGCCUCCGACCCUGCCUCAGGUUCAUCGAGAUUUCUUCUCUCCAGCUGCAGCCACAGUAAGAAGGAAGCUGUGGAUCUGUGAUGGAAUGUACUCCGUACAUGUUGUCAUCUUUCCUGAAGAAAAAUCUAAAGCCAGUAUUGAUUUUGCUGCAACAGAGGCCACUCUUGCAGUGUCACAAGCAGUCUUCAUGAGAGAUCGGGUUGAUGACCUUGUUGUUGGAUCUCUAGAUACUGUUUUGGUCCUGAUGAAAGGAAAGCUCUUCUCAUAUGUGAUGCCAGCAAGUUAACAGAUCAUGAUAGUAUUCAAAAUCUAUCAGAGAAACCUGUAUCAAAGAUGGAUGAUAACAAGGCGCAUUCUAUUCCGAGAAGGGCUCAGAGAUUGAUAAGGCCUUUUGUUGUCCAGUUGUGGAUUGCUGAGAGACGUGUUUCUCCACUAGCUGUGGCUUUUUUGGCUUUGGGUUGACGAGUCCCUGAGUUCACGCAGACAUCUUGCCAGGGGACUGUGAAGCUGAGGAGCAUGACAUUUCCUCUUGUACCUCUUCAUCGUUAAUCAAAUACUUGCUCACCACUUUUCCACGUGUUUGCAAGCUACAUGAGGAAAGCCAAGAGGAGAUGCAUGCCAUUCAGGAGCUAUAACAAUGGAGCUACAACUCGAGUUCAAAAAUCUUGAGUGCAACUCUUGACGGAUGUUCAUUCUGGCUCGAAAAAACAUCACAGAACAAAUAAAAGUAUAGUUGUCAAGUAGGCGUUAGUAUAAGGUGUUGUAGUUGUUAGAUCGAUGACGAGCUAUUUUGUCACACCCUGUUCUUUUCGGUAGUAGAGCAGGGUCAUGCUGUUAGAACUACCAGGUUGUCAUCUCCUUGGCGCUUAUUAGUUAAAUCUUUGAAAAUUGUCUUGGCCUUGCACA